UAAAAAAGGUUGCCUGUGCCUGUGCUCUGCCCCGGCUCCAAGUUAACGUGCUCUGCCUACACUUCACUUCCGCGGUUCUACGUUGAAUGUGACUAUGUUAAAUGUUACGUGAUGGAGACAACAAAUAUUUCGUCGACUGUGAUGCCAAAGGACCAAGAUGGGAUUCAUGGAAUCUUGGAAUUUUCUUAUGUAUCCGUUGUGCAGGAAUUCAUCGGAACUUGGGGGUGCACAUAUCUAGAGUUAAAUCAGUCAAUUUAGACUCGUGGACCCCAGAACAAGUAGUUUCCCUGCAGCAAAUGGAAAAAAGCCGAGCAAGGGCAGUGUAUGAAGCCAACCUUCCUGAUACUUUUCGAAUGCCACAGACAGAUUCAACCCUGGAGGGUUUCAUAAGAGCAAAAUAUGAAGCUAAAAAACACAUAGCCAAAGAAUGGGUUUGUCCACCGACAGUGAAGGUGUCAUGGGAUGCCGAGAUUGAAAUGGAAAUGAAAGGAAAAAAGGAAGCCAAACGCAAGACCAAUGAAAGUCCUGCCACCACCCUCGAGUUUCCUCCUAGCCAACCGUCGUCACGCACUCCUCGGACUGCUGAAUCGACGUCGACAAUCAGUUCAACUUCCUCAUCAGCGGUAAAAGAAGUUAAUCUACCGGCUCCGAUCGAAGUGCCAUCCCUACCUGCACCUACCAAAACUAGCUCGGCCGCUCAAGACCUAUUAGGAUUAGAUACGGCAAUCAACAGCUCAACAGGGAAUGAUUUAUUUGGUGGAUUAUUAACCAGCUGCCACUAAUAAUGGUAGUACUAACAAUGUAAUGGGAGGAGCCUCGAAAAAUGCCGACGAAGACAGUUUUUUCAACCAGAAAACACCCAGUACAACGGAGAAA